AUGGCUUUAAGAUCGCAGCUGAAUGACACAUUGGACUACGUGGACUUGAGAAAGAAAUCCUUCCUCAACCUCAAUGAGAGCCUGUUUGCCGCUGCAACCAAUUGUUCCAUCCCUCUGCCAACUCUCACCACCUCAGGUAUCAUCAGAGUGGCCAUCACCUUCAUCCUUUUCAUCCUUUCAGUGACUAUGAAUAUAACAUUUCUGGUGAAACAGAACAAGAAGAAAGCAUCACGCCUCAAAACACUGCUCAACAACCUGACAGCAGCCAAUCUGGUGGAGACCCUGAUCAUCAUGCCGAUGGAUGGCACCUGGAUAAUCACAGUGCAGUGGUUUGGUGGUGAGUUCCUUUGCAAGGCCCAAAAUUUUCUCAAGCUCUUCUCCAUGUAUUGCCCUGCUUUCAUGGUGGCGGUGAUCAGUUUGGAUCGCUACCUGGUAAUUACAAAACCCUUGAAAAGCAUAACAGCGGGGCUCCACACCGGAAAGUAUAUGAUCGCUGCAGUUUGGCUCUCCAGUCUGGUCUUGGCUUUGCCUCAGCUAUGGCUCUUCAGAAUGAUCCACUAUACAGAACCAUGCCCCUUCUCACAGUGCGCAACUCUUGGAAGCUUUCAGGGUCAAUGGGACCAGGCCUUCUACAACUUCUUCACCUUCGGAUUCCUAUUUGUUUUCCCGUUAAUCAUCAUGCUGAUCUGCAAUUUCAAAAUAAUCAUCAAGAUGACAAACAAUCUGCGUCCAAAAUUCAAUCAGAUGGAUCUGAACCGGUCAAGGAACGGUAUACCAAAAGCUCGCAUGAAAACAAUGAAAAUGACCAUUGCUUUUGUCUCUUCUUUCAUCAUCUGCUGGACUCCAUACUACCUGAUGGGAAUUUGGUAUUGGUUUGAUCCAGACCUGGACAAUAAGUUGCCUGAACCAAUCAAUCAUUUCUUAUUUGUCUUUGGAUUACUAAAUCCGUGCCUUGAUCCACUUAUUUAUGGGUAUUUUUCUUAG